AUGCCGGAGCUUGUAUCAGUGGACCAGAAUGCGGAUUUGCUAAGAGAGGUAACAAUGGAAGAGAUAAAAGGGGUUGUUUUUUGCCUUAGUAAGGACAGUGCCCCGGGUGCGGAUAGUUACACUGGCAUUUUCUUCCAACAUUGCUGGGAUACUGUGGCCCCUGAUGUCUUGGCACCAGUUAAAGACUUUUUGGCUAGAACCUCGAUCCCGAAGGACAUUGCUAGUACGCUGAUUGUUUUGAUUCCAAAGAAGCCAAAUCUAGCUACAUUUGUGGAUUUUCGACCCAUUAGCCUGUACACUUUUGUUAACAAAAUUUUUACGAAAGUGUUAGCUAAUAGAUUGCACGCUAUCCUCCCGAGCAUUAUAUUUUUGGAGCAAUCUACAUUUUGUCCAGACCGCGAUAUAGCCAAAAAUGUCCUCCUGACCCAGGAAAUGACAUUCAAUUGCAUUUUCAAAUUGGACAUGAUGAAGGUCUUUGACAGAGCAUCACACGGGAUUAAGCAAGGCAAUCCCCUAUCCCCUAUUCUAUUCAUUGUUGCAUCUGAGGCCCUUAGUAGGGGUUUAAGUGCGCAGGUAGUGGACGGCAGUAUCACCCAUUAUGCACUGCCGAGAGGCUGCAUUCGUAUCACACACUUAUCCUUCGCGGAUGACAUUGUGAUCUUUACUCGUGGGGAUAGGCGAUCUGUGGUGAAUCUGGGUGGUCACUUGAUCCUAAUUAAGCAUGUCCUCUCAACCAUACCUUUGCAUGUGUUGGCGGUCAUGGAUCCCCCCAAGGGGGUGAUCAAAUGCCUCGAACGACUCAUGGUAAAUUUCUUUUGGGGACAAUCGGAGCUAGGUCCUAAGCAUCAUUGGUGCUCUUGGAAGAAUUUAUGUUAUCCAGUGAACGAGGACGGCCUUGGAGUGCAAUCUUUUGAGGACAUACAGGGGGCGUUCAGUUGUAAAUUGUGGUGGCGAUUUUGCAAUUCAACUUCCUUGUGGGCCAAUUAUAUGAGGUCUAGAUAUAGUGUAAACAAUGGUGCCCUACCUACGGCUUCCAGAGUUUGGAGACGAAUGCUGGUUGUUCGUGACACGGUGGACCACUUCACGCAAGUUAUAGAUUUAGACGAUCGGAUUCAGCGGGCUUGGAUCCUUACACCCUCCGGAGAUUUUACCAUCUCCUCCGCAUGGGAUGCACUGCGGCCUAAACGUGCAUGCCUAGGGUCAAGGAAGUGUGUCUGGAGCUGUCGAAUCCCAUGCAAAAUAGCCAUUUUUAUGUGGAAGCUGCUUAAACACUACCUGCCUUUUCCUAAGGCUUUACACAGGUUCGGUUUCUAG